GAAGAAUCUUACAAACCCAAUUACCCAGUAUCCAUAAUAAUAAUAAAUUCCAUUUCCAUGCAGGAUUCCAUCCCAUCCCACCUCUUCUGUCCAUGGCGUCCGCAGGAUACCACCUCUUCUGUCAUGCCGCCCGCAAAAUAAAGUACAAGAUGGGGAUACGAGUGCGGGGUUGUGGGGAUCUGGAGAGUGGACGCAUGACGGGGAUGAAGAAUUUCCUGAUUGGGUUGUCGAGAUGUGUUUUCCCGAGAUUUUGGGCAUUGUGGAUGGUGGAUUGUGAAUUGUGAGUUUGCUGUUGAUUACUGGGUUUGGAGAGGGAGAGGGAGAGGGAGAGGGAGAGGGGGGAGAGAUGUUGCGGGUUGAGCGAGUGGUGUUUGUCUGUUCACCUAGAUGUUGAUUCUCAAUUCUAUCCUAUACCACGUACGAGAACCGACUCGACUCAACUCAAUGUCAUUCCAUAUCAUGUAAACAGAUAACCAUCACCAACUCCCGAAAACCCUCCAAAUUCGACCCGGAAUAGUAAUCUACCCUUGGCACAAGGCCAAGAUCUCGAAAAGGUGGGAACAACAACACGAAAACCACAACAUCCAUCUGUCAUUCUCCCCAACUCCCAAACUCAAGCUCCAGUGAAGACAUACGUCCACCUUCCCAAAACCGGGCCAUCUCCCAAUCCAUCCACAUCAAAUAACAGAAUGACAUACGCACCCAUCUUCACGAGCCAUAUACAUGCAGGCAGGACAAAAAGUGUGGGGAGCGAAAAAAAAAAAAAAGAUCUGGGGAUGUCAGGUGCGCGGAUGACAGCGAGCGAUGAAUAAUUUCCUCCACAUGCACAAUCUGAAUGGCUGGCAAAUCCGCAUGUCGAUCUUCUCUCUCUCCGUGGGAUGGAACGGGGAAUGCAGAAUUCGGGAUACGUAAAGUGGUGUUGGGGAGAGGUGGACGCUUCAGGGGGGGUUCCUGGCUGGAAGGGGAGGGAGCGAUGCAUGUGCUUGCUUGGUUGCUUGGAUCGUCAUAUCAGAUCGGAUGGGUGUUGGGUUUGGUACCUGAAUUAUUGGACAGUGAGCGAGUGAGCGAGAGAGUGAGUGAGCUCGGGGUCGUGGGUGUGUUGCUAAGACCCGCGGUUAUGCUUUGACAUGUCAUGACUGUGUGAUCUGAGAGUUGAGAUGAAUGGGGAACGGCGAAUGGGGAUGAGAUGAGAUGAGAUGAACAGGUAUAUAAAGAAGAGCCCUUGAACCCUUGAAUCUUCUUUCCAACUUUCAAUUUGCACUUUGUGAAGAAGAUUGUUGGUGUCGACAUCCUCUUCUUUAAUAUUUAAUUUUCUCGUCCGCUCUUCCUCUGCCUUCCCGAGACGUGGAAAAUUAUCAGAAGAGAAGAUCGCAUUCUUCGUUUUCUCCUACUAUACAUCUACGCUCACACAUCUAUCUACAUAUACAUCUGCAUAUACAAUCGCAAAAAUGAGGAAUCCCAUACUCUCCACCCUCCUCUUAGGAUCAUCACUCCUAGGAGCCGCAACAUGUCUCAACACCACCAUAUCCAAUUCCUACGUCAACAUGUUUUCCACAGACGGCGAUCUCAUCGAUUCCACCUCGGGCAAGAUUGAUUACUUCGAAGGCCAAUAUCUCUGGUACGGCCUAAACUUCGGCUGCGGUGAAGCUUUCUGCGGAAUCGAGAGCUGGAGUUCGCAGGAUUUAGUCACGUGGUCCUCAAACGGUCUACUCUUCGACCCAACUGAAAACGCCACUGCUACCAUCUGUGAACAAUCCGGAGACUGUGGAAGACCACACAUGCUCUACGAUCCCGCGCGCGCCCUCUACAUCCUCUGGGUCAACGCCGGUACUCCUGGCUACGUGAUCUUCACAUCUUCUUCUCCCACCUCCGGAUUCGUCGCUGAAUCCUCCCGUGCUCUCGUGGGAUACCAACCUGAACCCGCGACCCAUCAAACGGGUGAUUUCUCAGUCGCCAUGAUUAACGGAACGGGUUAUAUCGCAUAUUCUCUCAUUGAUUUCACCACGCUCGGCGCAUCCAUCUGGCCCCCAUUCAAACAAUCCAUCUACAUCCAGCAACUAACCAGUGACUUCAUGAACACGACUGGAAACGCAACAGAAGUUCUCCCCGUCGGAGAUCUCGUGGAUCUCCAAGCCGAAUCGCCAGAUAUUUUCUACCGCGAGGGAUAUUACUACAUCUCCGCAUCCAACACCUGUGGGUUCUGCCAAGGAACCAUCUUGAUCAUGUACCGCGCCACCGAUAUCUCCGGACCGUGGACUCGUCAAAUCAUCAGCAGCGAUACAUGCGGUGGACAAACCACCGGUGUUUUAACCAUUCCAUCUUCUACCGGCGGCGACGCAGUCUACAUGCACCAAGCCGACAUUCAAGCCAGCGCGCCCCUUGCCGGUCCCCGCAACGCACAACACGGUCAUCAAUUCCAAGUUCUCAACUUCAAUCCCGACGGUUCCAUUCAAGAUUUAGAUUGUUCCGCCUCUCUCAGCACCAGCAUCGCCCUCCCAAGCACCACCAACAGCAGCGAAAUCAUUUCCGGAGUAGCCAAGAGCGCCACCCUCGGCUCCGGAAACGAACAUCAAGAUUACUAUCUCAACUGUUCGCUCCCCCAAUACGCCCUCUACCAAACCUUCUCCACUCCCCAAGCCGGAAACCUCACUUCCGUGGGCGUGAAUCUCGCCGGUGACGCCCCAACCGACAACGUCACCCUCACCAUCUUCCGAUUCUCCAACACCACCGCGCUCUUCUCCCCCUUCUACCAAUGGGAAACCCUCUCAACCAUCAACGUCACCCCCGAAGAAUUAAGCGCCGCCGUCCUCGCCCUUUCCAUCCCGGUCGGUCAAGAAGUCUCCGCAGGCGAUAAUAUCGGCAUCGCGAUUACCAGUUUGGGAAUCACACCCGUAUGUGUAGCGAUGCGCGGAACAACGAGUGAAUACGCGACUGCGUGGGCGGGAUCUGCCAAUGGUGGAUUUAUCCCCGCACAGAGUGUGGGAGAGAAGCUUGUGAAUGCACCGGGAUCGGGUGGAGUUUUGUUUGCUCAGGGUGCGAACCAGGUUAGUUUUAGAGGAAUGAAUGGGAAUGAAAUUCCCAUUUUGGAGGUUAGUGGGAGGGAACUCAAAUGGUAUGCCGUUGUUGAAUAGAUGUAUGGAUAUAGAGAAAAUUUAUGUAUAAUGGGAUAUUGAUAAUGAAAUAUAUGAAUACAAAAUAAACCA